UAUAAAUACAAAAAUCCAAAAUCUCCGCACACAAAAAAAUGAUUUGAAUCUUCCAAAAGAAUCAAACUUUUUGUGAAAAUCUUGUUUAGUGUAAAACUUUAAUCCCUUAAAAAAUUUGUUAUUGAUCGGAGCUAUUUCUUCUGUUGUUACUUUGUUUUGGUUCAAAAUAAGUUAAAUUGGGUCCAAUUCAUUUUUGGUUCUUGAUUGAUCAUUUUGGGAGAAAUCUAAUGGCAAAAAUGGUUCAAGAUUCCAUCAAACUUCAAGAUGUAUGCAUUGUGGGUGUUGCUCGAACGCCUAUGGGUGGUUUCCUUGGUUCUCUCUCGUCGUUAUCUGCUACAGAGCUUGGUUCUGCAGCAAUCCGAGCUGCCCUUAAGAGAGCAAAUGUAGAUCCAUCCCUUGUUCAAGAGGUCUUCUUCGGAAAUGUUCUCAGCGCAAACUUAGGUCAAGCCCCUGCUAGACAAGCUGCCUUAGGAGCUGGGAUACCUAAUUCAGUGAUUUGCACAACCAUUAACAAAGUGUGUUCUUCAGGACUUAAAGCAACAAUGAUUGCAGCACAGACUAUACAAUCAGGAGCCAAUGAUAUCGUUGUGACUGGUGGCAUGGAAAGCAUGUCUAAUGUACCAAAAUACCUAGCUCAAGCAAGGAAGGGGUCUCGUCUAGGGCAUGAUACUGUUGUAGAUGGCAUGCUAAAAGAUGGACUCUGGGAUGUCUAUAAUGAUUUUGGCAUGGGCGUCUGUGCAGAACUAUGUGCUGAUCAGUAUAAAAUUACAAGAGAAGAGCAGGAUUCUUAUGCUAUUCAAAGCUUUGAGCGAGGAAUUGCUGCACAACGUAGUGGUGCAUUUGCUUGGGAAAUAGUGCCAGUAGAAAUUUCUGGUGGAAGAGGAAGACCAUCUAGUAUUGUCGAUAAAGAUGAAGGCUUAAUAAAGUUUGAUGCCUCCAAACUAAGAAAGCUUAGACCAAGUUUCAAGGAGAAUGGAGGUUCUGUUACUGCAGGCAAUGCUUCCAUUAUAAGUGAUGGCGCUGCAGCAUUAGUUCUGGUGAGUGGACAAAAGGCGAUUGAACUUGGAUUGCAAGUAAUCGGUAGGAUCAGAGGAUUUGCAGAUGCAGCUCAGGCACCUGAAUUAUUUCCAACAGCUCCAGCUCUUGCUAUACCAAAAGCAAUUAAGAAUUCUGGCCUCGAGUCAUCUCAAAUUGAUUAUUAUGAAAUAAAUGAAGCGUUCUCUGUCGUGGCUCUAGCCAACCAAAGACUGCUCAAUCUUAAUUCGGGAAAACUAAAUGCACACGGUGGAGCUGUGUCAUUGGGACAUCCUCUAGGGUGCAGUGGAGCUAGGAUUCUGGUAACUCUUUUAGGGGUAUUGAAGCAAAAGAAUGCGAAAUUUGGUGUUGCUGGAGUCUGUAACGGGGGAGGAGGAGCAUCUGCCCUCGUUGUAGAGUUCAUGCCUGUAGGGAUGGUGGCGCGUUCCUCGCUUUGAAACUGGAAAAACUUCUUUGCACUAUCCGCGCCAACAGUAGCAAGACGUUUAAAUCUUUUACUUUAUUGUCGAAAACUAUAUUAGCAAUGGUCUAAAGGUUCAACUUAUAUGCAUUGACAGUAUAAACGUUAUAUACAAUAAUAGUGGAUAUUACAACUUCUUGUA